AUGUCAGAAGAUCUUAAUCGGUGGCAAAUAAAUACUGUCAUUGGAUCAAAUCCAAUUAGAACACAAGUUUAUUCAAUGGAAAUAUUUUCCGAUUCUUCAUUGUCAGGCUGGGGCUGUUAUUGUAACGCUUCAAAAACGUAUGGGUUUUGGAAUAAGAAAGAAGGAAAAAAUCACAUUAAUUAUCUUGAGCUGUUAGCAGCCUUUUUUGCAAUAAAAUAUUUUGCUUCAAAAUUAUCGCAAUGUGAAAUCUUACUUCGUUUGGAUAAUACAACGGCGAUUUCAGACAUUAAUAAAGCGGGUGGCGUACGAUUUCUAAAAUUGAGUGAAUUGUCAAAAAAAAUUUGGGAGUGGUGCGAAGAGAGGAAAAUGUGGUUGAGGGUAUCCUACAUUCCAUCUGCUGAGAAUACAGAAGCUGACAAUGCGUCGCAUCAAAUUAAUAUAGAUGCUGAAUGGGAACUAUCUCAUCAUGCAUUUACAAGCAUACAAAACCAAUUUGGUUCUGUUUCAGUGGAUUUAUUUGCAUCCAGGAUAAAUAAAAAAUGUAAAAAAUUCUUUUCUAGAUUUCCAGAUUCAGAAGCUUCGGCUAUAGAUGCCUUUACCAUGUCAUGGAAAAAUGAAUACUUUUAUGCCUUUCCUCCUUUCGCACUCAUUCUGCGCACGCCAAGAAAAAUUAUUAACGAUAAGGCAUUUGGCAUUGUUGUAAUACCAUUAUGGCCCACACAACCUUGGUACUCCUUGUACAUUUCACUACUCGUGGAACCGCCUAUAAUAUUAGAACCUGAUCGUAACUUAUUGACAUCUCCUUACAGAGACAGGAACCAUCCACUAGCAUCCCACCUUUCACUAGUGGCAGGCAAGUUAUCUGGUCAGGAAGGUGUGUUCAAACAAAAACCACCAAAACCGAGAUACGCAACAAUUUGGGAUGUCACUUCAGUUCUCAAUUAUAUUGAAAAUCUGCAUCCAUUAAAAGAUUUAAAAUUGAAGGAUGCUGCAGAAAAAGUUGUCACCUUAUUAGCGCUAAUAACAGCUCAGAGGCUGCAAACCCUGGCACUGAUAAAUAUAGAUAACAUAAAGAAAUCUGAUACAGGGAUAAAUAUUAAAAUCACAGAUCACAUAAAAACAUCAAAACCAGGAGUUUUUCAACCAGAAUUAAUAUUGCCAUUUUUUAAAGAGAAGCCAGGUUUGUGUGCAGCCACUGCAGUUUUAGAUUAUCUAGAUUGUACUAAAGAUUUGAGAAAUAGUGUCAAAAGAUUUUUUAUUGCCACUGUGAAGCCUUUUGGUGCAGUGUCGUCACAAACUAUUGGUCACUGGAUCAAAACAUUGCUAGGCAAAGCUGGUGUGAAUACAGAACUUUUCACAGCAUAUAGUACUCGACAUGCAGCAGUUUCUAAAGCUCAUAAACGAGGAAUAGACAUCUCAAUUAUAAGACGUAGUGCUGGGUAG